AUGCCCCCUGUGUUCCGUCCCAGACUCACUCGCAGAGAGCCACGAUUCCCCACCAUCGGCGCGGUGCUAGAAGAGAGUCAUCGAAUUCGCCAAUCCUCCGAAUUUAUUGAAUUACGCCCAUCUCAUGUGUUCACCUCUAGCACCAUGCUUAAAAUCCCCGCUCCACAGCGUUCGAAUGAGCUGGUUGACUAUGAAGAAGAUAUCGAAGAAAUCGAUGGCGUAUUGGUUUAUGGGAUUCAAUCUUCGUUCCUCAUUCCCGACUGGAUUUUUGAUGAGGCCACAAACAACGAUGUCAGUUUUGCACAAUCAACUCCAGAGCCAGGGCCAAGGCCAGAGUCGAAAACCCUUCGGGCAGAGAAUGUUCCUUCUCAAAGGGGACAAGUUGUGAAAAUUGUCUUGGAUAAAGCUGUUGCCUUUGCUCGCCGACUGUUCCCAACCACCAGAGCUUCUCGGACCCGGCAGUGA